AUGCCCUCCUGGCUCAUCUGGCGGGUUGUUGAGUCUUCUGAGCCCAAGUGUCUGGAGAGGGAUGGGGAGACCAGCCUAGGGACUUCAACUCGCUGGCACGAGCAAUCACACAUCCAGAUAUUCGACGCUCUGUGGAAAGCAAUCAUAAUCAUGGGAGACAUCUAUGACAACCCUGGCUCCCAGGUCCUCCGCCCAGCAUUCCUCGCCCACGUCGUGCUGCGCACCCCUGACCGAGCCAGCUUCCGCGCGAUGCGCGACUUCUACACCAAAUUCCUCGACGCCGACAUCACCUACGAGAACAACGUCCUGUGCUUCCUGACCUACGACGACGAGCACCACCGCAUCGCCAUCGGCAUCUUCCCCGAGACCACCAAGCGCGUCGGCAAGCCCGCGGGCCUGGCGCACAUCGCCUUCACGUUCCGCACGCUGCAGGACCUGGCGGCGGCGUACCGCCAGCGCCGGAACCUGGGCAUCACGCCCUUCUGGUGCGUCAACCACGGGCCCACCACGAGUCUGUACUACCGCGACCCGGACGGCAACGAGCUCGAGACCCAGGUCGACAACUUUGACACGCCGGCCGAGGCGCGUGCGUUCUUUGCCAGCAAGGAGUUCGAGGAGAAUCCGAUUGGGGUGGACUUCGAGCCCGAGGAGCUGGUGGAGCGGCUAAGGAGCGGAGAGGAGGAUUGGCGUAUUAAGAAGAGGAAGAAUGUUGGUGUGAGGCAGGGGAUUCCGGGUUGGUGA